AUGACAUUCACUAGCAAUUUGCCCUUAAGCUCUGAGCAAUCAACAUCACCACCUGCUUCUUCGUUUUCUUCAUCGACUGACACGUUGAAAGAUAUUGACAUUCCUCAUAAUGGGGCCGAUUUGUCCACAUAUAGUAAAUUUCUGGCCCUGUAUUGCAGAAGCGACAAAAAUGAUGAUUUUUACUCUUUAGAGGAAAAACAGAAUUGCAAAUUUGGAGACCAAUGGCCCGCUUUCAUUAACACUAUUGCUAGUUUGGAUUGUUCAGGAUCCGAAAUAAGUGAAAGGGUUUCUCAAAAAAUUUUGCCAGCUCCACUAGCAAACAAAUUUACCAAUAAUUUAGGAGUGGCAAUAAAGAUUUCUGAAUAUACACGUGAUGACGAACACCAAAUUCGUGGUUGUGUUACAACGGUUGAAAAUGAAAAUUCUUUCAACAACUGGUUCGUAUAUCACAUUUUAGAUCAAUCUCGGUUAUCUUUAAGUGAACAGCCAAUUGUAGCCAAAGAAGUUAAAUAUCACGAAUUAUUUGCUGAUUUUUUUGAGAAAAAUCUGAAAAACACAAUUGUCAAUGAUCAAUGGAAUUUUGGUGGCCGUGAUUACUUCAUGGAACGUUCAAGAUAUUUUACCGAUCGAUAUCUGAGAAUUGAGUGUAUCUUGCCAGCUUUUCCAUGCAAGUCAUCUAAUGAGCAAAAAGUGUAUGGUUCUGUUCCUGAUAAAGGCGAAGAACUCGCUUUGAAAAGAUUGAUAAAAGCCACACAAGAUCUUGUUGAAGUAUAUCCACCGGGUAUGAAGAUUUGGAUAGUUAGCGAUGGUCACGUUUUUUCCGAUUGUAUUGGGGUCGAUGAUGACGUCGUCAGUACUUACACGACAAAACUACACGAACUUUACGAAAGAGUUGCUAUACCUGGUGUUGAUGCUAUUGGGUUUUGCGGCUUGAACGAUUUGUUCUUUAGCGGAGCAGCUAGUGAAGUUUUUGAUUCAAAGUGGGUUAGUGAUAUUGAAGUUGAACACUACACGGGAACUCAAAUCUGUCCCAAGUCUGACUUAUCGAGACAAAUUUUGAUGAAAGGCUGUGAUACUGACGCUGGUCGUUUGAGAAAGCAGAUUGCUAUAGAAGGCCAUCCAAGGUUGCAUCUGUAUAGGGGGUUUUCACGUUUUAUGAUGGAAGAUUUAUCUCUAUUGGAUCAUUUCCAAAGUUAUUCCAGAAAAAAAUUCAAGAAAAUAAUUUCAACGAUUGCGUUUAACAUGAUUAAGAGAAAUGACGCCUAUUCGAACCUAGUGGAAUUGAUAUUCCCUCAUCAUUUGAGAAUUUCCAUUCAUGCGCACACUAACAGCGGGCCCAAAUUUGGUAUAAAAGUAAUCUCUAACGAACAGUGUUCCAUUGUCAGUUCGUUAGAAGACCUUGAUGAACCCAAAUUCGAAGAUUUCUUACAUAUUCCCACACCUUGGCAUAACUGUGUCGUAAAAGUGGAAGAUGAAGAGGAAAAAUAUUUUCUGACAAAAUCAAAAGUAAUCAAGGAUGCUCUUGAAAAGGGUAUGUAUGACGGUGUAUGGAAAGAUACUCGUUUCGAUAUUGGAGAAGGGGGACAUUUCGUUAUCAAGAAAAUCUCUUAA